AUGGUGAUGCUCGCCUACGGCCGCCUCCUGAUCCGUGUCGCGGUUCCGCACGGCAAGGAGCUGAGCAACAUCCGCGCCGUCUCCCUGGCCAAGAACUUUUGCCAAUCCACCCGCGCCAGCACUGCCGUCUCCACGGACACGGCCGCCUCGACCGCGCCGAAGGCCGCGCAAAAGGUGGAUUCGAGUUGUUGUGGCUUCGCAAAAGACCUGAUUGGAGGCCCGUCGACCGUCCUGGACCAUGGAAAAUUUGGUGAAGACGCUUGUUUCGUCACGAACUUUAAACACACUCACGUCGCAGGUAAGAUUUUUCCUUUUUUCUCAAUUUUUAGGUCGGAGAUCAAGUGUAAUGUAGGAAGCAUCUUGUUUACCAAAAAUAAAUAUUGAAAGGGAUAAAAGAACGUUAUCGAAAGAUGUAACAAUCUUUUUCCAGGAGUUGCCGACGGUGUUGGAGGCUGGCGAAAGUAUGGGAUCGAUCCAAGCGAGUUCUCCUCGAACCUCAUGAAACAUUGCGAGAAAAUCGUCGAAGCCGGUGAAUUCAGACCUGAUCGGCCAGACCUAAUCAUCAGCAAGGCCUUCGAACGGCUAGCGGUAUCUCCUCGACCAAUUGGGUGAGAAGUUUUUCAAAAAGACGAGUUUUUACCUAGUGUAGUAUAAAAAAAUUUAAGAUAACCUAAUCUUUUUGUAAUUUUUAGAAGCUCAACGGCAUGUGUAGUCGUAAUUCACCAACAUACGUUGUACACAGCGAACUUGGGCGACUCCGGGUACCUGGUUUACAGAGAUGGAAAGAUUGUUCAGAAGUCAACGGAACAGGUCCAUUACUUCAACGCCCCCUUCCAGCUAACGUUGUUGCCUGAGCAAUGCGGUAAGGGAUUUAUUUUGAAUCAAUUUUUUGUAAAAUACGAAGAUUAGUUGACGAGCUUUGUCAUGGAUAAUAUAAUAUAAAUCAUAUAAAUAAAUCUAAAUGUUCCAGAAUUGGAAGGAUUUAUCCGCGACACCCCCGAGAACUCGGAUCUCAACGUCUUGGAGCUGGAGAAGGGAGACGUUGUUGUUUUGGCCACUGAUGGCCUAUGGGACAAUGUUCCAGAAUCCUUGAUCUGUGAAGGGCUAGAGGUAAGGAUUUUUUGAUUUUUUCUUGGAUUUUAGGACUCUUUGAAGCUAUUGGAAUCCAUUAGACGAACUGAAAGCGAAGAUAAACACUAAAGUUGAUCUUGUUCCAGGGAGUAACUGCUCAAAAUCUCCAACAAAAGUGCAACACGAUCGCCUUGAUGGCGCGAAGAUUGUCGUGCGACGUCCACCACCUGAGCCCCUUCGCCAAGAAGGCGAGCGAGCACGGAAUCCGCACCAAAGGCGGCAAACAGGACGACAUUACCUUGGUCUUGCUCUACAUCUCGUAG